GAACACACUGACUCUUCAGACUGACUCUACACACAGACUCACCCAGUUCUGCAGACAACCUUCAGUGCGACACACUUUAUCCGAGUGAGGAUGUGUUCAGUGUUACAGCGAGCCUGCUCAGCGCGAUGGGCGUUUUGCGGAGUGUUGGUCAGGAAGCAGCACACAUUCACGGAUUCAGCACUCUACAGCCGAUUAUAUCCUGGUCAUAUUAAGACAAACUCCAUUCAAAAAGCCCUGCUGGCUGUGGGGUCAGGAGUCGCUGCUCUGCAAAAUCCCUAUAGACAUGACAUGGUAGCAGUGCUGGGGGAGACCACAGGACAUCUCGCCCUGUUAAAACUAAAGCACAGAAUGAGCAAUGACCCUGAAGGUUACAACAUUCUCAUAGAGCGUCCGAGGAUACGCCUGUCCACGCUGGACCUUUCCCGGAUGUCAACACUUGCAGAUGGCUCCUUAGGGAGGGAAUAUCUGCGUUUUCUGGAAGACAAUAAAGUCACACCAGACACACGUGCAGAUGUUAAAUUCGUUGACGACGAAGAGCUAGCGUAUGUCAUGCAGCGCUAUAGAGAAGUGCAUGAUUUAAUACAUACAGUACUAGGAAUGCCUACUAAUAUGCUUGGAGAAGUAGUUGUUAAAUGGUUUGAGGCUGCUCAGACAGGUCUGCCCAUGUGCAUUAUGGGAGCGGUCCUUGGUCCACUCCGGCUAUCAAAGAGUCGUAUGCAGACACUGGUGACGUCUCUCGGGCCGUGGGCUUUGCGGAACGGCAGUCGCGCACGCUGCAUGUUGAGUGUUUUCUACGAGCGCCGCUGGGAUCAGAACCUGGAGGAACUCCGAGAGGAGCUGAACAUCGAGCCGCCACCUCUCAUCGUGCCUACAAAGAGCAAGCAGUCAGCCUCAGAAUCCUAGCAAACUUUCAUGUUGUCCUUUAAUGACGUAACAAUUACUGUUUGAGGACAAAUAUUCUAGCAUUGUCUUUUCAGAGACACUUUUCAGAUGGAAGAGGGAAAAAGAGAAACUGUAGUCAGGUAAACAUAGGCAUAAUUGUGUCAUAAACUGUAUAAUAAGGUGUGUGAUUUGUGUUUGAAUGAUUGUGAUGGAUUCCACAUGCCGUAUUGCCUCAUUGUGGGAAUGUUGGAUAAAAGUCCAUAAGAGCA